AUGGCACAGAACAAGAACAAGACAGACACUUCCCUCGCUCCCGCAGCACAAAAGCCACCCGCAAUCUCGCACAUCCUCGAGACAUGUCUCAUGGUCAAGGACAUCACAGCAGCCACAGACUUCUACAAGAACGUGCUUGGCAUUGAUCCAUUUCUGAAUAAUGCUCGCAUGUCCGGCUUCGCCUUGUCCCAGACGACGUUGCUCCUUUUCCAGCUCGGCGCCACCGCGCUGGAUAGCCAAAUGCCGGAUAAUCGCGGCACGAUCCCAGGCCACGGACCUUCACAGGAUAUCCUCAACCUGCUGCUGUCGGGCUCGGAUGCGGGCAGUUCAUCACACCCGAGCUCAAAUCGAGUUGAUACUCCAGGGAGAUUGAACCAGCAUUUCUGCCUGGCCGUUUCCGCGCCCGAGGACGUGCAGGUUUGGGAGAAGUGGUUCGAAGCGAAAGACGUGCAGAUUCUGGGAAAGGUCAAUUGGCCGCGGGGUGGGAAAAGCGUGUACUUUGGCGAUUUGGAUGGGAAUGUCGGCGAGAUAGCGAGUCGGGGUAUCUGGGAACAUUAUUAG